ACAACGCAAAUACAGCCGGUCUCACAUAAAACAACAACAACCACAAAAGCCACAUUCGAUGGCGAACUGCUUUGGCAACAAGAAGCGACAGAAUUUAUAGAACGUUUUCCACAGCGUCGUCGCCAACAUGACGCGCUACGUCCUAGCGUCUCAGCCGGUGCGCUUUAUAAAAAUGCCACCGGUAUAACGACGCUAAAUAAGCGCGCUAGCGGUGGUGAGCUGCUUACAGCGCAGCAACGRCAUCAACGUGAUCUUUUCAGUGGCGAUUUAGGUAUACCAGAGGUGCGUUCACAUGUGGGCAGUAUGGUGCACACAUUCGAAACGCUUAGUAUGCAACGCAAACUUGCCGAUCAAGAGCGCGCCAAGGAACGCGCUUGGGCGUUGCAACAGCAGCAACAGUGGGAGCGCGAACAGUUGRCCGAGAGAAGUUGUAAGUAUACGCCAACGCUUAAGAGCGCCAYACACACAACCACAUACACAUAUGAUACGCCCACACAUGCGUCACGCCAUUCUCAGCACGGCACUAGUAAUAGUAAAUAUCAUCAACUAAAGCGCAAAUCACACGAAUCACGUCAGCGCCUCAUAAAACUUAGCAAACAGCAGCUGCUGGCUGCUUUCAAUAACAGCGCUAAACGUGCACCGUCAAAAACAGCACACACUAAACUCGAAAGUAGCUUAAGCGCUCAGUCGCUACCUGGCGCCGACAGUAGUAAUGUAUUGUCGCCACGUAGUAGCCCUCUUAAGCGACACAGCACUUUAAGUUUGCACUGCGCWGAAGUUGCGCACGCUGCAAAAGCGGACGAUGAUCACUUGAUGCAGCAGUAUUGCCAUCUGGAUGAUGAUUAUCGUAAAAAUCUUUUUGGCACCAUAUCAAGUCGUUUAACAUCUGUCAAUAAAGGUUGUGAAGAUAUCAAUAGUUAUGACUAUAGUGGCGCACACCACAAUAGUAAGCGUGUUAGCCACGAAGAAGAAAAUAUARAUGUUGGCGCGCACAUAAACAUUGAACAUGACGAAGCGCUCAUUGUGAGUGCCGCCUUUGAUGAAAUAUUCGCCAGUUACAGUGGCAUCGAUGAUGAUGAAGAAGAUGAGAAAGAAUUCAGCGCACCGGCAAUGUUAAGCCGUGCUACCACAUAUUCUGAGGGUUGUGAUGAGCAAAUGGUAAGUUUAAGUGAACUGGACGAUGAUGUUUUUAAGUCACUUAGCUCGAGUCGCAUCAAUAACAUUGGUUGCCCAGGCAGCACGCCAAUGAAACUGCCAACUUUAGCAUCGAGCACACACAAAAAGGCGGCAACGCCAACAACAAACGCUUGGUCAACAAAUAGCACCGUUGCCGAUGCAGCAAAAACGCCUAAGCGCAAACGCACCAUAAUGCCAUUGGCGAAACAAAAGCAACGCGCCACAACACUACAUAAUCUCUUCGAUCGCCUCAAAGCAACACAAACGAAAGUAAAGCGGCCAUUUGUUAAAAUGCCCUCCGACAGUCUACUAAAGCAGGAUCAACUAAGUAUUGAACAAAUGACGCACGCGCUGCACAAAUACUCACCACAAUUAAAUUUAUAUCGCGAGAUAGGCGAAGGCGAAGCGGCCAAUGAACGGAGUGAUGCUGAUGGCGAUUUUCUACGCGGUUCUACAUUGAGUCAGUCAUUUAUACGACAGCAGCUGAAUACGCGUGAGAAUAAGGACGAGCCUAAGCGCAAAAAGACCGCACCACCACCGCCACCAAUCAACCAUAUAAAAUCAAAUAGCGGUGUCAGUGGUGUAAAUGCGGUAAAUGGCGCGCCACGACCGAGCUUCGCGUCACAGCGCGCUAAGUCGACAAACGAACUACUGCUUGAUGAUUUGGCCGUACAAGCGCGUCGCUAUCAACGUGCCGCUAGUCGCAAAUAUGCGGCACCGCCAACGCCCAGAAAACAACAGCAACCAAUGGAUUUGGCUGACAGCAAAGUGCAAGCCGUAGAAGAGGGAAGAGAAGUAAGGCAACGCACGAAACCGAACCGUGCCAUUAGUCGUGGCAGCGGUGUUGGCGCUGAUAUCUUUUUACGUGGCAGCGCAGAAAUCUAAGCCGAAGCCGCCGGCUUGCGCAAACUGGCGAAAGUGUCCAAGCAGUAAUCAAAGCGUUCUGGCGGUAUUAGUUGACACCCAACGCUACUGUUAGUUAUAUAGAAAAAUAUUUAGCAGUAUUUCUAAAUGUACUAAUUAUACUAAGCAAACAAUUAAUUUUUGCCAGCGUAAUUGAGCCAUGUUUUCAUGCAAUAAAUACUUAAGCAUUUAUU